AAUUGUGUGUGUGUGCGUGUAAAUAAACCUUUAUAGCACAGUAACACAUCAUCAACACACACACACAUUUUAUACCAACAACAAACAACAUAAACAACAGCACCACAGCAGCAACUGUCUUUUCUAACGGAGGGCGGAGGGGGGGAUGGCACACAUAGUACAGCUUUGCAAACCACACAUAUACACGUGUGUGUGUAUAUAGUGAUUUUAUGUAUAUCCAUAGGUUUGUAUGUUCGUAUUUCCACACCUCUCCUCGUGGCAUUAAUUGUAGUCAUCAUUUGUUAGAUCAAGUGUGCUGCUGAAGAAAUGUAAUAAAUCCAUGCUUUUGCAAAUAAUAGAAGCAUUGCACCCCAACGUAUAAACAAUGCGUAAUAACAUGUAAUUAUCAUAUUUCUUGGCUCUGUGGUGCAUGUGCAAAGUAUAUUUCAAGUUGACUCACUGGAAACAGAGUCAAAGUCCAUAGCAAAGGCAGAUGGCAGAUUAGAGCAGAGCAAGUAGAGGGAAGAACCUGUCACACCUGCAGACAGCGUGAGCGUGUUUCAUUCUCAAAGGCGUAAACAGGAAGUCGAGCAACCAGCUCUGAGACUGAACAGAGGGACCAUUAGGACUGUGAAGCAGACACAGUUGUUUCAUUUCAGUCUUUUUCUGCUUGUUUUCACUCUCUGAAUCCGUCAGUCUUUUCCUAACUUCCUGUUUCUAAUCUUCUCAAAUGGGAGGCGGCAUGAGAAGCAGCACAUGCCGACAUUCAGCUUAAACGGACUAACUUGAAGACUUUCAACAGAGAUGGAGUUUGCCUGCAGUCAUGUUGUUUGUAACUGGAGGCCUGAGAGUCUAGCUGAAGGUCUUUCCUCCACACUGCCCUGUGGUUUGUCCAGAACACAUUCUGAACAUCCAUACGACAACCGCAUUGCUGUCAUCCCAACUCCCAUGCCGUCGGUAACACCACCGCCUGUACCUCCUCGUCGCACAACACAGAAACACACACGACCCACCUCAAUGCCACCUCCACUACCCCCUCGAGGGCUGGAGGCUAAAGGGCAGACUCGUCUUAAAGCCAACGUAAACGUGGUAUCACUCAAAGUAGGAAACCUUGUGGAUAUAAGCAAAGCAUCCAGUAUACAGAGCAGCCAGAAACCAGUGCACUGUGGGAAAUGUAGGGCAGUCAUGUCUUCUGUGAGCAACUCACAAACCAACCUGAAUUCAACAACAUGGUGCUGUGAGUUCUGUGGUAAGCAGAAUGUUCUCUCUCAGAGUGAAGUAAAAAUGGGCCGCUCUCCUCUGUGGACUCCUCCAGGCAGAGACGUGCUCUACGUAGAUGAGGAGAUCGAUGCAGACUAUAUGAACCUGGAGGACAUGCUGGUGGUCUUCUGUGUAGACAUUUCUGGUAGCAUGAGUGUCACCUCAGAGGUGUCUCCUGGUAACAGCAUGAGAUCACCCACAUAUGUAUCACGACUGCAGGGUGUUCAAGAUGCCCUCCUGAUGGCACUGACCUCCCUGCUAAAAUCUUCACCUCACCGUCGAGUAGCACUGGUCACUUUUAAUGAUGAGGUGACCAUUUAUGGGGAUGGUACAGGAAUUCCUGUCUCUCUGCGGGACUGGGCUCUAGUGGACUAUGACCAUGUUCGAGAGCAGGGAGAGAAAUAUUCCACACCACACUGCAUUGCAGAGACUCACCAGUGCCUCACACAGAGAGUCAAAGAAUUAAGAGAGCAUGGAGCUACGGCACUGGGCCCUGCUGCACUCGUAUCUGUUGCUAUGGCAUCUCAGUUCACAGGGUCAAAGGUCAUAAUUUGCACAGAUGGUCGUGCCAACAUAGGCCUGGGCCAGUUAGAACAAGAAUCCGCCCACUCCCCUGCACCCUCACCUUAUUUCUACAACCAGUUAGCCAACCAUGCAGCAGAAAAAGGAGUUAUCGUGUCAGUGAUGACAUUUGAAGGGGAGGACUGUCGCCUGGCGGAGGUGGGGAAGCUGGCUGAUCACACAGGAGGCAGGAUCAACAUAGUCAACAUUGGAACAGUUGCUACAGAAAUUCAGAGUGCUUUGGCUGACAGUGUUUUGGCAACUAAUGUUGUGGCAACUCUGCUAGCACCGGAUGGCGUAUAUUUCCCUUAUGAAGAAGAUAAUCACAAGUUAGUGAGGGAGAUUGGUAAUGUAACAGAGGGGGUGGAGAUCACUUUCCAGUUUGCUGUUAGACCAGACAAAGCGGACAGUUUCCAGAGAAGGGACAGAGUUCCUUUUCAGCUGCAGCUGUCGUUCAAGACCCGAGACUUGAAGAAAGUGAACAGAGUCAUCACUCAGCAGAAGCGUGUGACCACCAGCGGCUGGGUGUGGGCAGGCAGUCUGAACAUGUCUGUGCUGGGAGUUCACUGUGCUCAGCUAUGUGCCAGACUCACCAUGGAGGGCAGAAUACUGGAAGCUCAGAAUCAACUCAAAGCCCAGCAGGACCUUCUCAAAGACAUCAGUGAACAGAAGCCAAUUGCUAAAGAGGAGAGUAUCUAUGGGAACUGGAUCAGCACUAUGAGUAUGAUCUGUGAGGAUCUCACCACAGACACACAGCAGAACAGCUCAGACACCACCACUCUUCUAGCCAGCCGAACACCAGCCACAGGUCUGUCAGACGAGGCGGCGAAGGUUGUGUACCAGAUGAAGAGAGCGAAGAGCGUUGGGGAGAAGGGCCGGAAGGCAGCCAUGUUGGACAGUUGAGAAGAAAGUGGCUAUUUUAGCCAAAACAGUAGUAAAGCUGAAAUGGUGAUCAGAUUAUUUUCAUGCCUGACUUCAUAACUCACUGUGUAAUCAUAAUGUAAUAGUUUACAUGCUCCAGGUCAGAAGCUGCUGAUUGCUGUAAACAUCAGUAAAUAGACAGUAAGUUGUAGAUCGCAGAUGAUUAUAUUGGUUGAAAUUUGUUUAAAGUAAUUUUCUUUUAUAAAUAAAUUAUAACAUUUCUAACACCUCUCAGGGCCUCUUCUGAACAAGAAACUCUUUAAGCCUGGCCACGCAGAAGGUUUUUCUCAGUACAGCUUUGGGCAAGGCAAUGAUUUGGCCUCUUUUUGUUAUUCCAUUAUGUACACUUUUUCAUAGAGAGAAAAGGGCUCAUUACUCAUUUAAUUAAACAUCUUUAAAAUAUAAUUUUAAAAUAAAUAUAAGAAUUUAAUUAUAUAGAUAUAUAUAACAUAAUAACAUUCUGUUGCAGCCCUGUUAUAGAAUAAAACAAUAAGCCACGAGAGUUUACUGCGAUUUUUAUCACAGGGAUGGGUAUUCUUAGGCACAACACGAAGCAGAGU